AGAGACAUGGAGGUGUCCUCUGUGCUUCUCUGUUCAGGGUGUAGCCCUUGGCAGGGGUUCCUGCUCACAGCCUCCCUUUUAACCAGUUGGCUCUUGCCCACCACUGCCCAAGUCACUCUCAAGUCCUCACCGCCCCAAGUGGUUGAAGGAGAAAACGUUCUUCUAAGUGUUGACAAUAUGCCAGAGAAUAUUAUAGGUUUUGGCUGGUUCAAAGGGGAGACCAACAUGAACCGUGGAAUUGCACUGUAUUCACUGAGGUAUACUGUAAGUUUGACGGGACCCGUGCACAGUGGUCGAGAGACAUUGUACAGCAACGGGUCGCUGUGGAUCAAAAGUGUCACCCAGCAGGACACAGGAUUGUACACCUUUCGAAUCAUAAAUAAACAUGGAAAAAUUCAAUCAAAUACAACCCUGUUCCUUCACGUGAAAUCCUCUCUUUUCGUCUGUGGGCGUCCUUUUAACCCCGAACAGCCCACUAUUGAAUCAGUGCCGGUCAGCGUUAGUGAAUGGGAAAGCGUUCUUCUCCGUGUUCACAAUCUUCCAAACUAUCUCCGAACACUUUUCUGGUACAGAGGGGCACUCGUGUUGAACAAGCUUGAGAUUGCCCGAUACAGAACAUUCAAGGAUUCCUAUGAGCUGGGCCCUGCCCACAGCGGUAGAGAAAUAAUGUUCAACACUGGGUCCCUGUUCCUCCAGAAUGUCACCUGGAAAGACACCGGAUUCUACACCCUACGCACUCUCAGUACAGAACUCAACGUCGAAUUAACACACAUUUACCUUCAGGUGAACACCUCCCUUUCCUCGUGCUGUGACCCUGUCACCCCUGCCCCACUCACGAUAGAUCCAGUGCCACGGCAUGUGGCUGAAGGGGAAAGUGUUCUUCUCUAUGUCCACAAUCUGCCCGAAGACCCACAAACCUUUUCCUGGUACAAAGGAGUGUACAGCCUUAAGGAAUUUAAAAUUGCAGAAUACAGCAUAGCGACAAAGUUCGUCUUCCCGGGCCCGGCACACAGAGGAAGAGCGACAGGUUACACCAACGGAUCUCUGCUCCUCCAGGACGUCACUGAGAAAGACUCGGGAUUGUACACACUCGUAACGUUAGACAGUAAUGCCAACAUUGAAACAGCCCACGUGCAAGUCACCGUGCACAAGCCUGUGACACAACCUAUCCUGAGAGUCACGGAGAGCAUAGUGACAGUACAGAGCUCAGUGGUCUUCACUUGCUUGUCGGACAACACUGGAGUCUCCAUCCGUUGGCUCUUCAAGAAUCAGAAUCUGCAGGUCACAGAGAGGAUGACCCUAUCCCCUUCAGAUUGCCAACUCAGGAUUCAUGCUGUCAGAAGGGAGGAUGCUGGAGAGUAUCAAUGUGAGGUCUUCAACCCAAUCAGCUCCAAGACCAGUCUCCCUGUCAGCCUGGCCGUGAUGAAUUAG